CAGCAAACUGAAACUAGUACCUGUUCAGGCACAUUUUUGGUAUGACUUUUGAAUCUCAAGACACUCGGACAGCACUCUAAGGAUAAAUGAUUUGAGGCUGCAGUUGUUCUACCUGAGUUUAGCAGGAGAUGGCAGCCUUUAGCUACAAGACUAUUGGAGAUGACAGCUUGGAGAGAUGGGAUAUAAUUGGUACUGGUGGAUUUGGUCAUGUCUAUAAGGCCCGGCAUAAGGACUUGGGAUUUGAUGUGGCCAUUAAGACACUACAUCAUGGUGUAUGCCCCUUCAUGUCACUGAAUGAAGAGGCGACUCACAUGGAUAAAGCUUCCUGCGAGUUUGUGCUCAGACGUUAUGGAAUUUAUCAGGGAUAUCCACUUGGUGCAAAAUCCAUGCAGAAUGGAAUAGUGAUGGAGUUCAUGGGGGGAGGAUCUUUAGAGUUCCUGCAGAGGGCCCUCUCUGGCCCGCCACCGUGGCCCCUGGUCUUCCGCUUCGCCCAUCAAGUGGCUCUAGGCAUGAACUUCCUCCAUCUACACGGCCUUAUGCACCACGACCUAAAACCAAGCAAUGUACUGCUGAGUAUUGACCUCAAUGCCAAGAUAGCAGACUUUGGUUUGUGCAGAGUCUCAACCAGCGCUAUGAACAACAACAAAGAAUCAAGAGAAGAGGGCCCCAAAAUAAUUGCAGGCUCAUACAAAUACAUGCCUCCUGAAGCUUUUAAAGAACCAUAUGAGCCUGUCCGUGAUUUUGACGUAUACAGCUAUGGUAUCCUGCUGUGGUCCAUUGUUAGUGGUAAAGAGCCUUAUGGAACGGCUAGUUAUGAACAUGUCGAAGAGGCGAUCAGUGAUGGACAAAGACCCUCCCUUGAGGAACUUGACCAGCAGAGGUUCGAAGGGUUGAAAGAACUGGUUGACCUCAUGAAGAGGUGCUGGGAUGGCACUCCCUCCAAAAGGGGUACCUUUAAAGCGUGUCUUAAAGACACUGAGCCUUUGUUUUUAAAGCAUGAAAACGGAUUUCCUGAGGCAGUCCAACAAGUCUCUGCAAGACUGAAGUCACCAACAGUCAUCAACAGUCAUCAACAUUCAAAAGCAAGUGAGGCAUUCAUUGCUUCUCCUCAGACACCAGAACAGCCAAAAUCAAACGAUACUGUGGAUUUCGGCAGAUUUACCAGAACUGAGAGGUCCUCAGUAAAGGAGUCUGUCAGUAUUCCUACUAAAACAAUGAGUGAUUCAGAUAAAGAAAAGUUUGUCAAAGACAACAGGGCAAAGUUAAUUCAAGGUGUUUCGGAGGUCAUGGCAAUAGUAGAGGAGCUUGGAGACUUGGUCCAUCGUGAAACCUACUCAAAGAUUGACGCUCAAGUGACGAACCAGGGUAAAAUGAGAUUGCUUUACAACAGGACAUUUCAUUCAGGAGGCACAGUGGUCAUGGUAGCCUUUUACGACGCCCUCAAAAUGAAUGAGCCCGAACUGGUGAAGAGGCUCGGUGGCUCACUCUAAAGAAAUUGUGGCAUUCCUGCACAUUUUCUGCAUUUUCUGCACAGAGGUGUCAAAGAGUUUCCUUACAUCUUCUGCACUUGUAUGCAGAAUUUACCGUUAAUAAUUUGCUUCCUUUCACAAAAUGUUCGUUGGUAGUUUAAAAUGCUUGAAAUCUCAUUUAUAUUACACCUGUAGUGUUUUGAAUAUGUUACUAUAAUUGUUGUAUCCUAGUAUUGUGCACUGAAUAUUGCCUUUUGAUACUCUUGGGAGAGUGGAAAGCAGAACCACAGUUUUUUUUACCCCCCUCUGUAUUUAAAGAUUCUAGCUUGAAUUUAAUGGUUUUGGAAAUGGACUUUAGUUCCCUACCACUUUUUUAAACAAUUCUAAACUGUACUGAGUGGUGCUUUUUGAUUUUUGGGUGUGGAUUUGGAUGAGAGGAAUCGACAAAGUGUCAAUGUGUCAUUCAUUGGAAACCUACAUGUUUUUUACUAAAAUUUUUUAAUUUAUUUGACAGUAAGUCAUAUGUAUAAUGACCUUUUAAAGAUUUUUUUAAUUA